AUGAAUAGAAAAAAAAUUGCACCGAAAGAGAGAGUUGCGACUGUGAAACCUGAUAAAACAAACGCGGAGGGACGUGAGCGAAGCGAUAGUGUCUCAAGGUGAGACGAAAGUGUUAAGUUAUCAUAAAAAGGGGAGACGGACGCGAGCAUAUGCACAGAUAGAGCGAGUCGGGAAAAAGCAAGAGGUAAAUGAGAGAAAGAAAAUUCGGGGAGAGGGGAGGGGAAAAAAAAGGUAAAAGUAAUCCUACUUGAAGUUUCGGCGCAAUCCAUCGUGCUUCUAGGCCGUCGCCACCGCCGCCGCCGCUGCCGUCGCCGGCGACGGGCGCAUUUGGCCCCGCACACGGCAAGAAUCCAGAGAGUGGGUACGGGUGA